CGAUCAUCCUUUAAAUGCAGUUUUCUCCAAAAUAUCCAGGUGGCUUUUUGGGCAUGGAAACUUUUCAGGAGAAGAUUUAAGAGGACUUGGCUAGCUUGGUCUACUUGACGGCGACUUUUAGGAAGCGCGCGCGCGCGGCCACAUGGGCCGGCCGAGUUCCUACGCUACAGACGUCGGCCGUUUUUGGUUGUGUUUUGGGAGCCGCCGGUCAACAGCUGCGUCUCCUUAAUUCUGCCUGCCUGCCUCGGCGCAUUUGGGCCUGAGCGGACGUCACUUGAGCGAGUGUGCGCCUUCAUUUCAUUUGUCUCCUGGAAUUGCGUCAAGCGGUUGCCGCGGCAACACGCGCUCCCUUCGGAUGACAAAGAAGAUGCGCCGGCGAGCUCCGCCGACAUCGUCGCGGCAAGACCGGGACAGCACACGUCCGCAAUCGCUCGCUCACAGUUGCUCAGGAUGUGUGUGGGCGCGGCUCCGUCCCGUGGCUACUGGUUCCUCUGCCUGCUCGCCUUGUCGUCGGCGACGCUGCUGAUCCCGCGCGACCCACGCCAUCUUCAGCUGGACGCCGACUGGGGGUCGCCACUAGAGAGAAGUCAUGCCCCCGAAACCGGGCACCGCUUGGACAGCGAUGGAGACUUUCUGAUGGAGGCGGAGUCCUAUGACCAGGAUGAGGCGGCGGCAGCGUCGCGCGCCAUGCGCUCGGCCCGCCGCUGCAUCCGGCACCAGCAGUCGUGUUUGGGCUUGCCGCUGCCCUGCUGCGACGCCUGCGACACCUGCUACUGCCGCUUCUUCAACGCCAUCUGCUACUGUCGACGCGUCGGACACGCCUGCCCGCCGCCGCCGGCGCGUACCUGACACAUGCAUCAGCCAGAAGCGCUCCUGGCGUGCGUGCACUUGUGACGACGCGGCACAGCCGACACGUUGCGGACAAGACGUGAACGCAGCUGACUCGCCGACAUGCACGCAUCCUCCCUCUGCUGCUGCUGCUGCUGCUGCAGGCAAACGCUAACCAUAGGCAACUCGAUCAUUUAUAUCGUCAACUUAUUUCUUUUCAAUAUUGAUGUUGAUUGGCGCUGACGCUAUUGCUCAUUUGAAGAAUUCUACAUAAAAAGUUCUUUCAACACAA